UUGGUAACAUGCUCCGUGGCACUCGAGAUGAGACUUAUUGGUCCUCCGUAUUGAAGAGUGAAAUAUGGCAGCUCCGAGAUGAGGAACAGAAAGUGUUAGCUGUACUAAAGUGGAGCUAUGACACUCUCCCUCUACGAUCAAAGAAGUGUUUUGCAUUUGGUUCCUUAUUCCCUAAAGACUAUAUGAUGCAAAAGGAUAAAUUGAUAAAACUGUGGAUAGCAAAUGGUUUUGUAAGUUCAGAAGGAAAUUUUGAAGCUGAAACAGAGGGCAACCGCAUCUUUGAUGAUCUUGUGUCGAGAUCAUUCAUUCUCUUGGCCCCUAUUCAAUAUGAUCCUCAUAUAACCAAGUGCACGAUGCAUGAUUUGAUGCAUGAUUUGGCACGAUCAGUAUCUGGAAGUAUAUAUUGGAAUUCUAUUCAAGACUUAGUGGAAGUUAUUAGAGAACGAACAUAUCAUUUGCAAAUAGAUGAAGGUAAGCUACCAAACAUGACUCAGGUCUUAGCCAAGAAACCAACGUACUUGCGCACCUUUUUCCAAGAUAAACUUUCAUGUUUGAGUAUCAAUCUUCAUGAAGUCUUUUCAGUAUUGAAAUUUUUGCGGGCAUUAAAUUUAACUGAAAGUGGCAUUAGGGAGAUACCGACAUCAAUAGGAAAUUUGAUACAUUUGAGGUACCUCAACUUGUACUAUAAUGAAAUUGAAGUUCUACCCGACUCCAUAACCCUUCUCUCCAAUUUACAGUAUCUGAAUCUCAGUUUCAAUUAUGGACUUCGAGAGCUACCAAAAGAGUUAGGGAAUAUGCAAAACCUUCGGGAACUUGAUUUAGUAAUGGAUAAAAGAUUGACACACAUUCCUUGUGGAUUAUCUCGACUAACUAAUCUUCAAAGUUUACCUGUCUUUAUUGCUAGUGACAAAACUGGCGCAUGCUCAAUUACAGAGCUUGAGGAUUUGAAACUUUAUGGAAAAAUGGGAAUUAAAAUUUCCCAUGAUUUUAAGAAUUAUUCUCGAAGUGGAAGAAAAAUCUUGAAGAAUUCAAAUCUUGAUGAACUACAUGUAGAGUUUGGUGUUUCAGAAGGAUAUCACAAGGACAUGUUGGAUGAUCUUUGUCCCAACACGAGUUUAAAGAUGUUAAGAAUAUCGAACUAUAGGAGCCCACAAUUUCCAACAUGGUUGAUAGAGUUACAAAUGCCAAAUUUGGUUGUAGUUGACCUCGGCUGUUGUUGUGGGCAUAUUCUUCCGUUUCGAAAUCUGCAGUUUCUUAAGAAGCUUAGCUUAGGCCACAUGAAUGGCAUUACACAGAUGGUUGCUGAGUUCCAUGGGCACGGAGGCUUUCCUUCCCUUCAAGAACUCUACUUACGUGGCAUGUAUAAUUUAGAGGAAUGGUCAGUGGCUCAUUGUGUCGAUGAGUUGUUCCCUUUACUGCAAACGUUGAAGAUUUCCGAAUGUCCUAAAUUGAAAAGUAUGCCGAGGCUUCCUACAAUCCAACACCUUGAGAUAUCAUGCUGCAGUGAGAGCCUACUCUCAUGCAUCGGAAAGCUGACUUCUCUUUCUGUUCUCAGAGUGGAUGGUAUGGGCAACAUGACAUCUCUUCCAAGUGGCUGCAUCAGAAACCUUACAUCAUUGACGGAAUUACAAAUUAUAUUAUGCAGACAACUCCAAUCUCUUCCGGGGGAUGAAAUGCAAUACCUACAAAUGCUUCGUUCGUUGACCAUUGAAGGGUGUUAUAAUUUGGCAUCCUUCCCUUUGGAAGUGGGCCGCCUCAAUUCGCUUUGUUUUCUACGGCUCUCACAAUGUCCAAGUAUAAUAUUGCAGCCAGAAGAACUCGUACAAAUCUUGAAUUCAGUACAUCGGUUUGAAAUACAAAUUUGUGGCAACAAACUCCAUUUACGUGGGCGGCUGCAACACUUACACACGCUCAAAGAAUUGUCUCUAAGUGAUGCACAUUAUGUAUCACCUAUCCGCAUGUACCCAAUUCGGUAUGGAAAUCCAAAAUCAACAUUACAUAUUUGUUGUUGUGGUGAAUUGGAGUCGCUGAUGACAGUAGAACCAGCAAGCAGUGCUGUGCUAGAAGCACUAUCCAUAGAUGGAAUUUCCAAUCUCAGGACCUUGCCUGGCUGGCUGCAACAUCUCAAGUCUCUUACUUUACUAUCAAUCAGGAAAUGCAUAAUCUCAAUAUUAAGUAUUUGUCGUGGUAAUGAAUUGGAGUCAUUGAUGACAGCAGAACCAGCAAGCAGUACUGUGCUAGAAAAACUAUAUAUAGAUGGAAUUUCUAAUCUCACGACCUUGCCCGACUGGCUGCAGCAUCUCAAGUCUCUUCAUUUACUAUCAAUCCGGGACUGCCCACGAUUAAAAAUGGUGCCAAGGGAUUUGAAGAAUCUACAUAUGUUGAAAGAUUUGAGGAUUAUCGGUUGCCCACAAUUGGAAAGAAGAUGCAAAAGGGAGACAGACGAAGAUUCAAUCGGACAAGCAUGCUGAAGAGGCCGAGGAUGAAGACUCGGUAGAUGAAGACGGGGCAGAUGAAGACUCAUCAUAGUUGCAUCUUAUGAAAUCCUUGGUUGCUAGUAAAUUUGUUUAAGUUUUCAAGUUUUCAUAUCCAAAUGGAGACAAACAAAGAUUGGUCGAUCAUCUCACAUAUGCCGUUUGUUGAUUUUUCAUAGGCUCCUGGGAUUCAGCCAGACAUGAAUCUAAAGGUAAGUUAGAAAAUCAUUUUAGUUGAAUAAAAUAGCAGAUCAUUAUACAUGUAUUUCGAUAGUUGCUUGUUGGAUAGAAGUUGAUUUCUUUUCCUUUUCUAAAAAAAAUUUAUUUUUUAUUUAAUUUAGCUCAUUAUUGAAAAGUGAAAGUAUUCAAAGUAACUCACCUAUUUUAUGUUGAAAAUAUAAAUCGGAAUUAAAGUUAUUUAAUAUUAUGUGUAUGAAUAUUGAAGGAUUCAUGAAUGACUCUUUGGAUGAUGCAUGUACAUCAUUGGAUAUUGGUUUAUGUAUUUAUGUAAAUACAUCUUGGGUACUUCCUAUAAAUACCCUAUGUAUUUAACAAUUUAGAUAUGAAGAAACUAAGAAGAAGUAGUUUCCUCCCAUCUUAAGUGUUAUAGUUUUUUUUUUAUGCUCUUCAUCUGCUAACAAAUUGGUAUCAGAGCCACCAUUUGCGUUGGAGACAAAGCUGGAAGGAAAAUGUCAAAUGGAACCCCAUUUGUUGUUCCAUCUCUCACCAAGGAAAAUUAUGAUAAUUGGUGCAUAAUAAUGAAGGCUUUGCUUGGAUCAUAUGAAGCUUGGGAUCCUGUGGAGAAUGGCGUUGAUGAAAAUGUGGUAUCCGCCAAGAAGAAAGACCAAAAGGCGCUCACCCUCAUCCAUCAAAGUUUGGACGAAAAGAUGUUCGAGAAAGUUGCUGCGGCAACCACUUCCAAGCAAGCAUGGGAAACUCUUCAAGCUUCAUUUAAAGGUGUUGAUAAAGUCAAGGUACGUCUCCAAGCAUUCAUAGGAGAGUUUGAAUCUCUAUGCAUGAAGGAUGAAAGUGGAAGAUUGCUUGCUAAGGUACCCAUGACAAAGAACCGAAUAUUUUUGCUAAAUAUUCAAAGUGAUGUUCCUAUGUGUUUGAAAUCUUGUUUCAAAGAUUCAUCUUGGCUAUGACUCAUGAGAGUUGGGCAUUUGAACUUUGAUGGGCGGAAAAUGAUGAGUAAAAGAAGAAUGGUGAAAGGAUUGCCUUCCAUAAACCAUCCUAAUCAACUUUGUGAAGGAUGUCUUUUUGGCAAGCAAGCGAGAAAAAGUUUUCCCAAGGAGUCUUUAACAAGGGCUCGACAUCCAUUGAAGUUGAUACACUCGGAUGUGUGUGGACCAAUCAAGCCAUCAUCAUUUAGUGAGAAUAAUUACUUUGUGCUUUUCAUUGAUGACUAUUCUCGGAAAACUUGGGCGUAUUUGUUAAAGGCAAAAUCGGAGGUGUUUGGAACAUUCAAAAGAUUCAAAUUAAUGGUGAUUGACACGUGGCUUUUCUUGAAAGGCUGGCGACAAAACCGAAGGUGUAUUGAGCCCCGACUGUUGGCAUAUUCCCUGACACCUUGAUUAUUCUCUCUGACAAGCAGUUACGAUUCCUUGGCUGAUUUGUCCUGUAGUGUUUAACCGACGAGCCUGCGUUCCGAGGUCUAGGAUCGCCUUGCUUUUAUAUACUAUUACCCUUGACUUCUAUGCCCCGAUUUGUGUUAAGCUUGUGUCCAGAUCUGUCGUUGUCAUCUGCUAUCUCUGGUCUGCACAUCUCGAUCUGCACCCUGGGUCUGUAUCCAGACUUCUGUUCCUUGGCUUGGAUGUCCCGACCUGCACGCCAGGUCUGUAAGCAGACCUGCAAUCCUUGUCUUGGAUGUCUCGACCUGCACGUUGGGUUUAUGCCAGAUCUCUGAUUCUUGGCUUGGAUGUCCCGGCCUGCACGCUGGGCCUGUGCCAGACCUCUGAUCCUUGGCUUGGAUGUCCCGACCUGCACGUCAGGUCUGUAAGCAGACCUGUGAUCCUU